GGCCGCUUUGGGCGUCGGGGCGACGGUUGGGGGAGCAGGGAGAGUGGGGUCCCUGGGGAGGCAUCCCGGGCAGGGGCGUGGAGCAGCUCCUCGCAGCGCCAGGAUGUUGGCGAGGGCGUGAGAGGUUAUCGUUAAGGGUAGAUCCUUACAGCUAUAAUGGAUGAUUUAAACCUGCACUACAGAUUUCUGAACUGGAGGAGGAGGAUCCGAGAGAUUCGAGAGGUGCGAGCCAUCCGCUACCAAGAGAGGUUCAAACAUAUCCUUGUUGAUGGAGAUACGUUAAGUUACCAUGGGAACUCUGGUGAAGUUGGUUGUUAUGUUGCUCCUCGCCCGCUGACCAAAGACAACAAUUAUUUUGAGGUGUCAAUUGUGGACAGUGGUGUGCGUGGGACCAUUGCAGUGGGACUGGUGCCUCAGUAUUACAGUUUGGACCAUCAGCCUGGAUGGCUACCACAUUCAGUUGCCUACCAUGCUGAUGAUGGCAAACUUUACAAUGGCCGAGCCAAGGGACGUCAGUUUGGGACGAAAUGCAACUCUGGGGACCGGAUAGGCUGUGGGAUUGAGCCAGUGUCCUUUGAAGUCCAGACAGCUCAGAUAUUCUUCACCAAAAACGGAAAAAGGGUGGGCUCAACAAUAAUGCCGCUCUCACCAGAAGGUCUCUUCCCAGCCGUGGGGAUGCAUUCACUGGGUGAAGAAGUCCGGCUCCAUCUCCAUGCGGAGCUGGGUAGUGAAGAGGAAGAUGACAGCAUUAUGAUGGUGGACAGCUACGAGGAUGAAUGGGGACGAUUGCAUGAUGUGAAAGUCUGUGGCACACUCUUGGAAUAUAUAGGGAAAGGGAAGAGCAUCAUUGAUGUGGGUCUUGCACAAGCUCGGCAGCCUUUGAGUACCAGGAGUCACUACUUUGAGGUGGAGAUUGUGGAUCCAGGAGAGAAGUGCUACAUCGCCCUGGGCCUUGCCCGCAAGGAUUAUCCAAAAAAUCGGCACCCUGGCUGGAGCAGAGGAUCUGUAGCCUACCAUGCAGAUGAUGGCAAAAUCUUCCAUGGAAGUGGAGUGGGGGACCCCUUUGGUCCCCGUUGCUACAAAGGAGACAUUAUGGGGUGUGGAAUCAUGUUUCCACGUGACUACAUCCUUGAUAGUGAGGGAGACAGUGAUGACAGCUGUGAUACGGUGGCUAUCAGAGCCAAACCACGGGGGGUGAGGAAUGUCUUGUAUCUGCAUCAGGAGGCAGAGGAGGAUGAGGAUGAAGAAGAAGAUGGAGAAGAUAUGGAACAGGAACAUGAAGGCAAGAAAGUAGUGGUGUUCUUCACACGCAAUGGAAAGAUUAUUGGCAAGAAAGAUGCCGUGGUGCCGUCCGGGGGCUUUUAUCCCACCAUUGGGAUGCUGAGCAGUGGGGAGAAGGUCAAGGUGGAUCUGCAUCCGCUCAGCGGCUAAAGACCAAGGGCUGGAGAGUACGCCUCUUCUGCCACUCGGCAGGCUGCCAGAUCGCUCAGGCUGCUCCUCAUUGCAACUUCAGCCAUCGCCUCCAGGGGUAGCCUUUUUGAUGUGGGGCCACAUAGAGAUAUUUGUCUAUCUAAUACCACCUGAGCCGCCUUUCUUGUCUCUUUCCUGCCUGCUUGAGUGCAACCGUUUAAUACUGGGAAAAUCUUGAGGCUCUUAUUUCCAAGCGGGUCAGGGAUUAGUUCCUGGAACAGAGUCCCUAUCUCUUUCUGCUGCUCACGUUCCAUUAACUGCUCUUUCUGAGGGCAGGACAGUUCUUGAGAUUACAUGGUUGAAAAAGAGACCGGGAUAUGGCCUAGCCUUGUUCAGUUCUGUGGGUGUCCAUGAUCCUGUUCCUAAGGGGAUAGUUGAAUUGCAGAUGGAACAGAUAGCUCCCUUUUCCUAUUGCCAUGAACCAUUUGCAUUAUUAUUGUAUCUAGUACACUGGACACUGAUACUCCUCCAGCUGCGGGCCAGCCCCACAAAGUCUUAUCUAUCAUCUGUUUUUCUCCUGAGCCCAUCCAGGGCAAAAAGUUCCUGUGUCAUUCUUAAAAAACAUAUAUGGGCUCCUUAGGUUAACCUGAGCUGGCUUUUAGAAACUCCCAGGAUCCAACUUCCUUUUUUUUUGAGAUUUGGGAGGAUGAUGGAAAGCCAGGGGAGAAUCUUUUUUGGACUAUACUUCCUUACUGAUGUUUGACAAGCCAAGACCCAGCACUUUUGCGCCUGUUUUCAAAUCAAAAUUUACAGAUGGAAGUGUAACUAGAAUCUUGAUGAAUUCUCUGCUGUCCUACUCAGCUGAUCUCGGAGCUGGGGUGUCACUGGCAAAAUCAGAGGCGGAUAGUUUUCUGCCAUCUCCCUCCUGAACUGCUGACGGUUCCCUAAUAUUUCUGGUAUACUGUAUGUUGGGCCAGGCUGGCGUUGAAAGGGUAGUGUUUGAUCUGGGUGCAAUGCUGCUGUAUAUCUCUCUAUUGAUGGAGAAGAGGAUGGAAUGUGAAUUCUGUACUGUAACUUGAUUGUAAAGUGUUUAUUCUUCACCAUUUGUCUCUGCUGAAGUUAACAAGGGCUGAUCCUUAGGUAUGUAGGCCUGCCCUUCUUUUCACCCAGCUCCCUUGUUCUCUGCAUUGUACUUGCUCUGUCAUAGCCCUACCCCAUUGCAGAAUUAACAAAGGCUUAUGGGAAGGGUGAAAACCUGUCUGGAUGCUAUAUAUGUAGAUGUGGUCAUACAAUGACAGGAGAAGCCAAAGAGUAGCAGCUGCUUUGAGCCACGGGACAAAAGGCGUGUUGCUGUCCUACCUUCUCUUAACUUCUCUGCCCCUGUAUUUUCAUGGGCAGUCUUGCUGCUAAAAUGAUAAUCUUCUGGGAAUUGGGGAUUGAAGAGGAUGGUCCUGAAAAAUCUUUGUGUUGGCUCCCUCUGGUGGUGUGAAUGACCUGACUUCCUUGUGACAGUCCUGCUUUGUCUGUUGGGAAAGCGGGAGCAACUUAGUUUGGUCUCUUCCUUCCGUGUUCACGUCUUACCAACAACCCUUUCUGCCCCUUGCAAUUAUGAAAAGAUUAUAACCUUUGCUGCUGGUGGCGGCAUCCUCCCCAUCUGCUGCUGAAGCUGCUGGCUGCAGAAUGCAAGGAUGCAGGGUUGCUGGUGUGCGGGGGGACAUCGCAAGCUUGUAAAUGUGCUGCUGACUUAAUUGCUGCACCAAGCCUUGGAGAGUGCAGAGGCUGCUCUCUGUGUCCUGUUGCGUAGUUUGUUCUUCAGCUCUGCAGGCCUGGCUUGAGCAGAGCUCUCUCCCCUUCAGCUCUGGGUGCCUCUGCUGCAUUUUUGUAGCCAGAAUCUUUAUACACUCAAUAAAGUUGGCAUUUCCACCUGGAAA